AUGGCUGAUGGUUGGACAGAUGUGAGGCAACAAACUCUGAUAAAUUUUCUUGUAUAUUCUACACAUGGCAUAAUAUUUGUGAAAUCUGUUGAUGCUUCUGAUUUAGUGAAAGAUGCCAAGACUUUAUUCUCAUUGUUUUCUGAAGUGAUUGAGUGGGUUGGUCCCAAAAAUGUUGUGCAUGUGGUGAUUGAUAAUGCUGCUAAUUAUGUAGCAUGUGGCAAGUUGAUUAAAGAGAAAUAUAAAAGUAUUUAUUGGUCACCUUGUGCUGCUCAUUGCUUGAAUCUUACUUUGAAAGACAUUGCAAGUAUGUCUCAUGUGUCACAACUUGCAACAAAGGCAUCAAAGAUCACUGUAUUUGUUUAUAAUCAUAUGGUCUUCCUGUCAUGGCUCAGGAAAAGAAAGGGUUGGAAAGAAAUUAUGCGUCCUGGUGCGACAAGGUUUGCUACAACAUUUAUCACAUUGCAUAGCAUAUAUAUGCACAAGUAUGACUUGCAAGCUUUAAUCACUGAUAAGCAUUUUGUGGAUCACAAAUUAUCAAGGACUGAAGCCGGAAUAAUUGUUAGUGCCAUCAUAUUAGAUAAUCAGUUUUGGAAUGAAUGUCUUGAAGUUGUGAAGAUUGUGUUUCCUCUUAUAAAGUUGUUGAGAAUUGUUGAUUCAGAUGAGAAGCCCUCUUUGCCUUAUGUUUAUGAAGGCAUGCAAAGGGCAAAAAAAGCAAUUAAAGUAGUCUUCAACAAUAAGAAAGACCAAUACAAGCCUUACACAGAUAUUAUCCAAGCCCGAUGGGAUAAGCACUUGAAGACCAAUCUUCAUGUAGCAGCAUAUUUAUUGAACCUUGCCUUCUUGUAUGAUGAUGACUUUGUUCACAAAAGAAGGUUAAUGGAUGCUAUGCUUUCAGUAUUUGAAUCAACUGAAAAUGAAGAUGUUGAUUAUAUUGUGAUGAUGAAGAGUCAAUUGAAGAAAAAUACAAGUUUUGAUCCAAUUGAUUAUGAAUCUAUUGACAAAUUGGACUUUUGGAUUGCUGAAGAGGAACAAGAGUUAGCUCCAGAGUUUGAUGCCGAUGAUGUCACUAAUUUGGAAAGUGCUAUACAUAAUGAGAAUCUUGUAGCUUCAUCAACUUCUGUGAGAAAUAAUGAAGGUGAAGAAGAUAUAAAUAUUUCAGAGCAUCCACAUUUGAAUGAUGAUGUUGGAAGUGGUUCUGGUUUCUCUCAAUCAUCUCCUAAUGUUUCAAUCCUUACUCUCGGAGAUUUGAAUGAAAUUAAUGAGGAUUUUAGUGUUGAUUAA